GCACGAGCGAGGCAAAAAUCUUCUCUCUACCGCCCUGCCUACCCCUGGCUCUGUUCUUACGGAUUACUGGAUUUAGGUUUUGGAUUAACGUGAAGCCUUCACGCCUUGAAGGGCGCCAGAAGAAUUCAACUGCUCACCGUUUGGCGCCCUGAUGGCCGACUGUGCACCGGGCCACUGAAGCCCAUGGCCCAGAGUGGCCAAUCUGUAACCCACCCGGGUAGAGCUGUAGCAUGAAGAUACGGCUCCACAACGUUGCGGAGAGGGAGGCCUUCUCCUACCCCCUCCCCCUCCUGGUGGGGGAGAUUGAGGGCAGCAGCCAAGAUGGGCUGUUGAUGGUGUCGUCAUCGGGUGACCCGGAUGGCGUCAUUGAUUGGCCAAUCGUUGAAGGAUGUUUUAAGGUGUUGGCCAGGCUCCAACCCGGAGAGAAUGUCGUCAGUCUCCGCUACGGCCAGGAGUGUUUGACCUUGAGGCUGACCUACGACGCGCCAGAGUUCACCCACAUCGUCCGGCCUGUCUACAUCGUCUGCGCCGGGCAUGACGGCCACUUCCAGGCUCCCGAUGACGUAGUCUCGACGCCCGAGGCCGCCGCCCGCCGCAUCAGCCUGGGCGCCCAAAUCAUCCAAACCCUGACGGCCGAGAAGAUGCGGGAGCACGGCUUCGGCCGGACCACCUUCCAGCUGGAGACCGACUCGGGGUCAAGGCCGAUCUGUCACGUGUUCCACAGCAAGCUCACGCUGGCCGAGGCUUAUUCAAUGACGGGCUACGAACUGUGGAACUUCUUCGGCAAAGAGCUGAUGAUGUCGCCUCUCUUCUCGCACAAGUCCCGCAGCAAGUUCUUCUGCUUCAUGUCCUUCACCCGGUACCAUCUGCCCAAAGACGCCGACAUACCCAAGACACACAGCGACAUCCUCAAGCACACCAAAGGUCACACGGCACUGGGUGGAGGGGGUCUGGCACUGUUUGGCACUGGCAAUCUUCACACCUGGGCUGAUAGUCUGGCCAGUUUUAACCACUGCUUGACCAACAGGAAGCGAAUGGACAGGAGGAAAUUCAUGGACGAUAGUGCAUACAGGUGA